GUUCGGCGAAAGAAGACGACGUCGAGUUCGUUUACAGCAAAGUAAGCAAAGGCAAAUCGGCAGUGGAGUGGACUAGUGGAAGUGGAGACGGCGAGCAAGCUGACUGAAAGAGAAGCAGGCAAGAGCAAAGGAAACGCCGUUCGUUUUAAUGGCUGCCUGUGAAGUCGUGCUGAAUCGUUGUGAAAAAGUGAAAUAAUUUGUGUAAAACUGUUUAGUGUUAAGUUAUAAAGUCUGCAAAAGUUCAACGGUGAAGUGCGCGACCGAUUGCGAGUGUUUUUAGUCGGAAAAGAGCUCCGUUGGAGAUAUUUGUAAAAUAAUUAAAAUGAUUAAUGCGGUGAAAUAAUCGAUAAUCCUAUGCAAUGGAUAGUUCCGGCAGUAAUCAUCCCCCGGGUCCUCUGGGUGGAGAAGGCAAACCGGAUGUCGAUGGUGACGUGGGACCUCCACCGACGGGAAUACCUCCGAUGCAUCCCGGAGCAGCAACACCUUCCCCUGGCGGUCAUUACGCUCAACACUACGGUUACGGUGCCCCACCCACAAUGAUGGAUCACCAUCAUACAAAGGACCCUUACUAUCAUCAUGCUGCCGCAGCAGCAGCCGCUGCCUCACGCCAUUACGAUCCGUACACGAUGCAUGCGCCCUACCAUUCGUAUCAGCAUUCCUACCACCAUCAACCGCCCUACGGUGGCCACGCUGCCUAUCAUCAUCAGACAGCCGCUGCCGGUGGGUACCCGCCGGUAAGUAGCCACCACUCUCUCAUGCCACCAACUGCUGGUUAUCCUGCAUAUCCCAAUGGUAACCAAAAUGCGACGACAGUUCCUCCUCCGGCUGCUUCAAUUUCUCUACCGUCAGGAUUCCAAAAGUCCCCGGAAAAACAUUCACCUCCAUCUUCCGUCGAGCCGAAGACUGUUUCUAUUCGAGACGAUAAAAAUAUGCUGAUUGGUCCCGGCUCCGCCGGGCAGGAUUCCACCGAUAGUGCUUCAGGGAUUCCUCCGAAACGGAAAAUAGAAAUUCUAGAUAAUGUGCUAAUAAAAAAGUCCAAACAGGAAUUGGAAGCCGAAAAGCGGGACAUCUUUUCCCCUCCUAGUUUGGGUUCCUUGGAACCGGCGGUGCCGCCGGUUACAGUCGCUUCUUCUCCCGUCGUCACGGCUUGCAGCAGUGCCAGCACUGCCAACGAUGCCAGUAAAUCUUCCUUUCAAAUAUCGAAUCUGCUUGACGAUAAACCAUCAAAGGCAGAACCUGCUCCGCAGGUCAAAAGGUCUACCCCGCCACACACAUCGCCGCCGCCUCCACCACCACCACCAGCUCUGCCACCGGCGAUGCCGAUAGUUGAACCUCCAGAGGAGGCCCCCAAAGAAGAGCCUAAUAAUCCACCAGUGACAGAGGAACAACCACCCUCUCCUCCUGCUGUGAAACCUGAACAGGAACCACUUCCAGCAUCAGCAUCGGUAGAGACGGCCCCUUCCGAAAAGAAAGAAGUCGAAGAAAAAGAUCCUUUAGCAUUACCGCCAAAACCAGCGGACGCGGAAGAACCGACGGCAGCCACCUCGGGCGGCGCCGCCGCCACCGCCAGCGGUUCGCAGCAGAUGGACUUUGAUAUUUCCGAAAAGCUAAAAGAGAUGGGUGAAAUCAGCGUUAAACCGGUUUCGAAAACUGAUGCCAGCAGCGCCAGUAGGGCCAAGGAGCUAGAAUGUACCGAGGAGAUUUCCUUGGAAAUCACGAAAAAAGAUGCGGCAAUGCGAAAGGUGUCCAACCUGCGGAAAAACAUCAAAGAAGUGAUGGACGAUAAUCAGCUGGACGCUUCCACGUUGGCUGCCCAGCGGCAGGAGUUGGAACGGUUGGCUCGCGUUCAGGAGCAGCAGCGAAUCAUUCGGGAAGUACAGCGGCAGCUGGCCCUGGAGCGGCAAACCAACAAGACCGAACAGAAGGUGAUGCAGUUCCUGCAGGGUCAUGCUUCGAUUUUGAAAACGCAACAACCGGGCACUUCCACACCGGUGCGGGUGGGUUACGUUAAGAAUCCGUUUGAAACACGUGGCAGACCGCCGAAGGCGCGUCCGAUUCAGACCAACCUGACACCGUCGGUCAGUAUUGCGCCGGUGAAGGCUUCCGCUGGCAGCGCUGGGAGCGCUUCACUGGCGGCACAGAUCCCGUCGAUACCGGUGCGAGCCUUUGAUGAUAUGAUCGACUCGGAGGAGGAUUACGAUGAUGAGGAUGAUGAGGAGGAGGAUAGUGAGGCGGAGAUUUUGCCGCCCCCGGAGAAGAAGGAAGUGGUGACAAUCGAUUCGUCGUCGGAUGAUGAUUGUAUUGUGUUGUCCGACGAUGAGGAAGAACCGGAGGAUGAUUCGGACGAUGAUCCGCAGAACAGUGGACUGCAUGUGAAUGAUUCGUACAAUGUUCCGGAUGAACAGGGUCGGGUGGUGAUCAAUGUGGGGCACGCUGAAGGUGAGGAGGACAUAUUUCUUGCUCCGCAAAUUGCACGGAUUAUUAAACCGCAUCAGAUUGGGGGUGUGCGCUUUUUGUUUGAUAAUAUUAUUGAGUCGAUCGAGCGGUACGACACUUCGACCGGGUUCGGUUGCAUUCUGGCCCAUUCGAUGGGUCUUGGGAAAACGCUGCAGUUGGUCUGCUUCUGUGAUAUAUUUUUAAGACACACGAGCUCCAAGACGGUGCUGAUCAUUAUGCCUAUCAAUACGCUGCAGAAUUGGCUGAAUGAGUUCAAUACUUGGUUGCCGGAGGAUCCGGAAGCGAGCGCGCUGAAAAAUCAUGGCGAAGUACGAGCGAGGAACUUUAAAAUUUUUAUUUUGAAUGAUAGUCAUAAGACGCUCAAGUCCCGCGCGAAGGUUGUUCUGGAGUGGGCUAAAAGCGGGGGCGUUUUGCUGAUCGGUUACGAGAUGUAUCGGCUGCUGAGCCAGAAGAAGAUGACUAAGAAGAAAAAGAAGAAGAAGGGUGAACCGGCGGUCGCCGAGGAAGAGAAAGAAUCUACCGAAGAGCAGAAGAAUAUGUUUGAUGAAAUCCACGAGGCGUUGGUUAAACCUGGGCCGGAUUUGGUCGUCUGUGAUGAAGGUCAUCGGAUUAAAAACUCGCACGCAAGCAUUUCGGUAGCACUCAAACAGAUCAAGUCCAAACGACGCAUUGUUCUGACCGGUUAUCCGCUGCAGAAUAACCUUCUGGAGUACUGGUGCAUGGUGGACUUUGUUCGGCCAAAUUAUCUCGGAACAAAGACUGAAUUUAGCAACAUGUUUGAACGCCCGAUCCAGAAUGGGCAGUGCAUCGAUUCCACUCCGCAGGAUAUCAAACUUAUGCGCUAUAGGGCUCAUGUUUUACACUCGCUGCUGCUGGGUUUCGUACAACGACGGUCCCAUUCCGUUCUGCAGACAAGCCUGCCGCAAAAAGAGGAGUACGUUUUGCUAAUCCGAAUGACCGAGUUUCAACGCAAACUGUAUACGGUUUUCAUGAAUGAAGUCGUACGCACGAAGGCCGUUCCGAACCCGUUGAAAGCGUUUGCCGUCUGUUGCAAGAUUUGGAACCAUCCGGAUGUUUUGUAUAAUUUCCUAAAGCAAAGUGAACGUGAUUUGGAUUUGGAAAUAGAGGAAGCUGAAGCGACACCCGUAAAGAAACCACCCGUUGUUUUGGGUUCUCCUCCCGAGCCAGUAAAAACACCCGCUCUUCCUGCUCCUGCUCCUGCCCCUGCUCCUACACCAGCUCCCGAGAAAAAGAAGGAAGAAAAAGAAAAGAAAAAACCCGGUAAGAAACCUUCGGCUCCAAAACCCCCCAAGCCAUUGGCUUUGAAAAAAGAUGGAACCCCCCGGAAGCCUAGAACUACCAAAAAGGAGCUUGCAAUGAAAAGUCAAGCCAUCGGAAAGGACGGCAAAAUGGUACCAGCUGCUACGGUCAGUCCUAGCACUUCGCAAAAAGAUCCACCAGCAUCGGAGACGACAGCACCGGUCGCUCCAGCUGCAGAACCGACAAUUAAAACUGAACUAGACCCCAAUGCAGUAAAACAAGAAUACCCAAACUAUCCCCAACAACAACAGCAACAGCAGCAGCAGCCUAACAUGUACCCAGGUUAUCAAAAUCAACAAGGAGGUUAUCAACAGAACCCUUCGACUGGCCCACCACCGGCGCCAUACAAUUAUAAUCAAGGAACGAUGAAUCAGGAUCCGAACAAUUUCAACUACGGAAACCAGUAUGCAUCCGGUGAUCCAUAUCAAAACUAUGGCAACAACUACUACGGCCGCAACGAUUACAACUACAAUCAAGGUUACGGCUAUGGUUACGAUCAGAACUAUCAAAAUAACUACUCAUCAAACAACUAUCAAAACUCGAACUAUUGGGGCAAUAACAACUAUUACCAACAGCAACCAAACAACUCCUACAAUGGAAAUUACUAUGGAAACACCAACCAGUAUGGCUAUCCCGAUCAGCAGCAGCAGCAGCAGCAGCAAUCCCAGCAGCCGAUGGAUCAACAAUACAAUCAGUACGGAACACCGCCUGCUGCGCAGCAGCAACAGCAACAACAGCAGCAACCUCCACCGCCAAUGGGACAAGAGCAAAAGUGGGAUCCAAACCAGCAGCUGGCUCCGGUUCCUCCGGUCGAUCCAAUGUACCAACUGCCACCACAAACGGCUGAACCCGUUCCAAAUAUCCCUGUCGAUCCGGCAGUCACGCAGCAGCAAGCGAACGCCCAGUUCGCCGAUCAACCAUCGUUGGAAGAUCUCAAGGAACCGGUCGUCAAACCGGACCUGAUGGAUGUGAAGGAGGAAAAACCAACCGAGAUAGUCGACAUGGAUACCAAACUCAUUACGAAGGUCGAGGAAAUUAAGGAGGAAUUUAAGACCGAGGUUAAGAGUGAGAUUAAAACGGAACCGCUCGAGGUAGAGGAUAAAAAUGUCAAAAUGGAAAUCAAAAUGGAAAAUGUUAAAACGGAAGCGGACGUAAAGUCCGAAACUGCGGAUGAGCAGCAGCAGGACGUUGCUAAAACUGUUUCGGAUGAAGCUGACGGUAAGAAAGCGGACGGUGAUAAGGUAGCAGCAAUCGAGCCGAAAUCGGAAGGUGAUGAAGCUAAACUAAAGGACGAACCGGCAAAGGUCGAAGACGAAGGCAAAGGAAAGGAAACGAAAGAUGGUGUUAAAGAGGCCGGCACUAAAACGGCAAACGGGAAAGAUAAGGACAGCAAAGAUAAGGAUGAAAUCCCGUACGAGUGGGCGUUCGAGUUGAUGAAGGGUUACGUGCCGGAUCUGAUGGAAAGCUCGCCGAAGAUGGAGAUCUUUUUCCACAUUCUGGUGGAAAGUAUCAAACUCGGCGAUCGCAUGUUGGUCUUCAGCCAGAGUUUGCUGACGCUAAAUCUGAUCGAACGGUUUCUGCAGAAGCACAAGAUUCCCGGAACGGAAAACUACUGGGCGAAGAACUCCAGUUACUACCGCUUGGAUGGUUCGACGGCAGCGCAGGAACGCGAGAAGCUCAUCAACGAGUUCAACUCCAAUCCGAACAUUCACCUUUUCCUGGUAUCGACCCGGGCGGGUUCACUCGGCAUCAAUUUGGUCGGUGCCAAUCGAGUGGUGGUUUUCGAUGCCAGUUGGAACCCGUGCCAUGACACGCAAGCCGUCUGCCGGGUGUACCGUUACGGGCAGAAGAAGCCGUGCUUUGUGUAUCGACUUGUGAUGGAUAAUUGCUUGGAGAAAAAGAUCUACGAUCGGCAGAUCAACAAGCAGGGUAUGAGCGAUCGCAUCGUGGAUGAGUGCAAUCCGGAUGCCCAUUUGUCGAUGAAGGAGGUCACUAGUUUGUGCUAUGACGACGGGGAAGAGAGUGAGGUGAAGGACUUCAGUGACGAAAAGGACAAGUUUAUAGACGUUGUGAUGCAAAGUAUGCUGGAGAUUUAUUCCAAGCAGCUUACGAAGGCUCCGUUUGCUCACGAGAGUUUGCUAAUCGAUAGAAAGGAGAAGAAACUUUCCUCCGCCGAGAAACGACAGGCUCAACGAGGCUAUGAGCUGGAGAAGCAAGCGGCUACCAAGCCAAGCUAUUCGUACACUUCGAUGGGAACGACCUAUCGGGCCAUUAGAACCCCCGAUGGGUCAAUCAUUCAUCGACCGGUAGCUUCGGUGCGUCCCAUGCAGGCUGGUGAUUCCGGUAAGAAUGCGAUUGGUGGCAAUCGACCGACGAGGUGGAUUCCGGCUGAAGUCUGGCAGCGGCAGGGCAUGACUGCUCAAGAAAUGACACUUCCAAUAGAUGUGGUCAUUCCAACAAGUUCAGCGGACAAGUCGAACAUUGUGCUGAAGGCAGGCCAGAAAGUGAUGGUGCUAAAAUCUCCGAAGGGUAUUUACAUGCAGUUGGAAACAGGUAAAAUAAUUGCCAUCCGGACGGCUUUCAAGGUUGGCCAAAACAAGGACGGUGCGGCAAAGGGUGUGGGUCCUCUGGCUUCGGCAACUGCUGCCGGGCGCAGAGCAAGUGCGACUUCAACCGCUACGAAAGUUUCCUCUGGACUAGCGUCGAAAGUUGGUCUGGGAGAUUGCUCGGAAGGAAAUUCACUGAGCAUUCCUUCCAAUUCUGACGAUGAAGAGAAAUCCGAUUCUAGUAUUGUUCCUUUGGAUCCAGACAGCGAGCGGGAAUCGAUGAACGUUGACGACUACCCCGAGAAAGGUGAAAUCGUCGACUGUGACAUGAAGAGUGACGAGCUGGAGGAAGGCGAGAUCCGUGAUGGAAUGGUAGGCUGCAGAAGAAAGAAAAUUCCGCUUGCUAGCGUUGCGUCCUUUUCUAAUGCUGCUUCCGCGGGUGGUAUUGCCGAUCGUGGCAGCAAAUUUCCUAUGAUUCAAUCGGCUUAUUCACUUGCACCUCAGAAACAAAGUUCCACUAAAAACUUUCAGCAGUCUGGUAAUCAUAUUCCAGUUCCUAGCCAACUUCAGCCACCGGCAACAGUUACAAUAGAUGAUGAAAUCCCACCCCUUCGUGAGAAGGUAGUUUAUAAGCCGAAUUUGGUUGAGAGAAAAUCCAAAGUUUCACAAUCGUCGCUGAAAAACUACAGGCACAAAGCUGGAAAAACACCAGACGGCGGCUCUGCCGCAACAAAACUGCCUGCUGAUGCCGAGUGUGCUUCCAACCACCGUUCUACGGCACCACCUAAUCCAGGCAGUGCAGUUCAUGCUGCUGCCCCUGCAGUGGAGCCCCAGCAGACCGUAAAUGUUCCUCCACCAGCACAAAUACCAGUAACAGCUGCCACUGAUACGCAUCAUUAUCCAGGAGCAGGCCGGCAGAUUCCGCCCCAUCAACUUCCGCAGCAGAAUCAACAACAACAACAGCAGCAACAACAGCAACAACAACAACAGUAUCAGCAAUCUUCCACAUAUUCUUCGUCACAUCAUCAACAAUCAAAUUACGGUGUGCCAAAUGCCGCGCCUGUCCCUACUGGCAAGAAUCCGAUACUCCAUCAGCCGCAACAUAUGCAUUCAUCAUCGUACGGAACAUCGCACAAACAUCAGCCGCAACCGGUUCCUUCCACACAUACUCAACAACAAUCGUCGUGGAAUCCCUACACAGGGACCUCAAGUUCCGCCUCCUACUACGGCUCGCAAACGCAUGCCCCGCCCCCUCCUCCGCCAUCCCAGUAUGAAUCAAGUCUCAACUUCCUGGAGAAAACGACCUCCGCCCUAAUCAACAAUCAGAAUCAGAACGAAUUCCAGACUUGUUUAAGCAACAUAACGCGUUCCCCGACUCCCACCGACAACUUCAUGGAGUACCAGCCGAAGGCAGCUUCGGCUGCCUCGGGGGGUAAGAAAUCCGCUGCCAAAAAGCCUCCCAAGCAGCCGAAAAACGACUACCAGGCGGCGAAGAAAGCACUCAGCAAACGCAACAAUCCAUCGCCCUACCAUCCGGUAUCGUCAUCCUCCGCAUCCUCGUCACCUUCACCGUCGCCGGCCGUGGUAAUGAACCACAGCCAGAACAGCAACAGCAGUUCACUGAGCGGUUCAGCCACGCCGGUGUCCUCGCAGCAGCAGCAGCACGCAAUGCCGACCGCAACUGCCAACAGCACCGGAGCAUACUCCGGUUACCCGCCGCCCCAGGUGUCCACCGCAACCACCGGCGGCGGUUACUACGAUCAGUAUUCGCAAUCGCAACUGUAUCCGCAGCAAACUCCACCGCAGCAUCCACAGACUUCGAUCGCGGCGGCUGCCGCUACCGCACCCGCACCGGCAGGAAUGUACGGCGGUACGACGAUGCCACCACAGCAGCAGCAGCAACACCAGCAGCAGCAGCAGCAGCAUCAGCAUCAGCACCAACCGUACGGAGGAGGAGCAGCUCCUGUGUCUUCCUCCUACAAUGGUGCAUCGUAUGCAUCCUCCGCUAACAACCACACGUCAUCAGCCGUGAAUCGUUCUAACUAUUAUCAGCCGCCAUCUUCGGCUGCUUCGUCAACGGUUACGACGAUGAACUCAUCGACCGUACCGACCGAUUCAUCCAAUUACUAUCAUCAACAAUCAUCAACCGGUCCGUCACAGCCUCCUCCACAACAACAACAACAACAACAACAACAACAGCAGCAGCAGCCGGCUCAUCAGCAGCAGCCUGCGCCAGCUCCGACUCAGCACCAGGUGAGAAGUCAUUCCCGCGGAUCGUCAUCCCACAACUACGUUUCUUCUGCGCCCGCUGCAGCUCACAAUCAGCAGCAAGCGCAAAGUUACAUGACGACUCCAGCCAUGGCCAACCCGGUUGAAGCAGCUUCCACCUACCAACAGCUGCAGUCAAGCUCGGCUGGGGCUCCCUCCUUCACUCCGUACUCCUCCUACACAACGACCGCCACGAGCAGUGCUCCUUGUGCGACCCAAACCGUCAGUUCCAAUGGUUCGGCUUUCCAUAGGCCCGAAAGUGCAACAAUUCCUGGUCUUCCGGCAGCCGUGGCUGGCGCUAAUCCCGCCUCGGGCAGUCCCGGAGCGGGCGGUUACGAAACUCCUCCUACCUACAUCCCGGAAAGCGGAGCCAAUCCGUACCAAUAUCCUUACCAGGCCGCUUCCCAGUAUCAAACGCAAGGCUACUACCCGCCACCGGCGUACCCGUACUAUCCGACAACCGCGGCGGCUCCCUACCCGGCAACCGAUCCCCAGUACCAUUCGUAUCCACCUCCUCCGCCACCUUCCAACUACAACUAUCCACCCUACCCUAGUCAGCCGGGUGUUGGUCAAUGGCAGUAAGCGAUCGGGUGGGUGAGCUGUGCUCUCUAAUUUUCGAUUAAAAGGAUUAAUGAAAAUUGUGCUUCCGAUGUAUAUUUUUUUCCUGAGGAAAGUUUCUACUUUAUGUUCCUUUUUGGCUUGACUUGAAAAUUGCUUUUAUAUUAAUAUGGAAGACAUUUUUCGUGCCUAGAAUUGUGUAAACUAGUAUUCGUGCUCUCUGUUUCUAUAGUGUACUCAAAAUAUAGGCUUUUAUUUUUACUUUACUUUUUGUUUUUGUAGAUAGACCACACGUUCCUAAUAAAAUUUCGAAGAUAUUUAGUUUCACUUUGUCUUUGGAGCAAACUGCUGGAAGAUUGCACAGAAUGAUGAAAUUCUUUAGCAACUUGAUAAAAAAAAAUUAGAUUUUAAUAUAUGAGCAAGAUAAAACCAUACCAUGAUCAUUAGAAACAAUAUUACUAGAAGUGAACGAAAAUUCAGCACAGCUGCUGGCAACGUUUUUGCUGUGCCCGUUUGAAGUAGUAUUUUCGCGCUGCGAAAUUUAAAACCCCUUCAAAUGAUUAAUCCUAAUUAAAUGUUCUGGCCUGUUCUGCCAUGUGUUAAGAUAUGCUUAGAGAAAAUAGGAUUGGUCUCGGUUACGUUGAAAGUCAUUCUUUAAACAACUUCUAUGUCCUUGUUCUUUGAAUAGAUCAAGAGUGACAAUCCAGUUUGUUGAUUGGCUGACUAAUGAAUCGCCCGCCGUCGAGUUUGUUUCAACUGAAGAAACUUCUAUUAUUUUUCUGUUUUUUUUUCGUUCACUAAAAUAUUUGCGCCAAUCAAGUUGACGAACGCAUUAAAGUACCCAUCCAAACAGUGCAAUGACUUUUUGUUGAAUCUGAGUUGUCUAUGUAAAUUUUAUUUACUCUACUGUUUUAGGUUUUUAGAUAUUUAAAAAGAAAGAAAGAAAGAUGGAAGCAACAGUAGCUGUGCUUCUUGCUAGUGCUGAAAGCAUGGCACAAUAAAUCAAUAAACAACAGUAUCACGUGAAUAAUAAAACAAAUAUGGACAAAGAAAAAUUGUCGACUGCAUUGAAACUAAACGAAAUAUAUUGCAACUAAAGAAAAAUCUUGUGGCAGUGCUUUUCAACGUAGUAGAACAAUUAAAAUUUAUUCCUAACAGAAUACAAAAGAGCAGAAAAACCACACGCGCAGUGACGGAUCGUCAUCCUAGCAAGUAGUAGAACCGCAGUGAGUGUUUUAAUCGAAAAAUACAAACGUUUUAUCUAAAAAAAAUACCUACUUCAUAAUGUUAGACAGCAUGCAAGCGUAGCGAUUAGCAAUUAUCAAUAAUUUAUUAGCCACAUUACACAUACAAUAGAAGUUAGAACUAAACCUUUCCGAACUGCUGAACUGCUCAGCCGCGAGGAAGCAGAAGCAUUUAAAGAGUAAAGAAAAAAUCAUCGUUUUAAGGCAUACAUAAUGCUAAAUGUGACAACAUGCAAACACAAGCGACUUUACACAACCAUUUAUCCCAAUUGACGUUUAGAAUAUCAAAUAAAGAAAUUACCACUGCUAACUAUUACUAUUACUUACCUUACAUUACCAAAUCGAACCACACAAUAAAACAGCUGUCUGUUAAAAGAAAAGAGCUAAAACGAUGAAAAACUACCACAUUUACUAACGCAGAACAUUUUUGUAAUUCGUCUAUCGUUUUCCAUUGUUUCUACUUUUUUUUGUUAGACAAUGUUUAGGGAUUGUUUCUAAAAGUUUACCGCAGAAACGCAUAGAGCGAUUAAAUUAUUGUUUUCCAUGAUAGGAGCAUAAUCCUUUGUAAUUGUAAUUAUCACGGAAGCGCACCGUCUAGUAGGUAUCAUUGCUAUGCUGCGUUGAAUGUCGUGUUGUACAAUGGCAACCGAUUGAAGCUGGAAUGUGGUUAGUUGGUUUGAUGGUGGGUUAGGAAAAGCGUGUACUAGCUGAGCUGAGGACGUCGUCGUCGUCGGCGUCGUGAUUCGCACGCGCACGCGCGCGCGCCCCCGGAUGUGUAUGUGUAGAGAAACGUGGUAUGAUUAUUUUAAUCAGUACAGUAUAUAAAUUAGCCGAUAUCGACUACAAUAAAACAUUAACACGAUAAUAGAGUAAAAAUGUAUUACAAAGUAUUUCAAAGAAUUAUGGUAAUUUGGUGUUUGUGGAAUUUUUUUGCCGUAGAUGACCGCCUUCUGC